AUGGCUUUAAUACCGAACAACUGUCUCAGUAUUUUGAACGUAUCUUAUGCAGUCAGGGAACGUGUGGGACCUUGGUGGAAUAUUCCAUCAUAUAAUAAGAAGUGGAACAGACAGAUUCUCAAGGAUGUUUCAUUUCAUAUCAAAAGUGGUCAGCUUAUGGGUAUCUUAGGGAAUUCUGGAUCUGGAAAAACAACUCUGUUGGAUGCCAUAGCUGGAAGAUUGAACCAUAAGACAAACUUUCUUGGCCAGGUUUAUGUCAACGGACGUGAGCUGAGACAGAAGCAAUUUCAGAAAUGUUUUUCUUAUGUUCUCCAGAAUGAGACCUUAUUAAGCUACCUCACCAUAGAAGAAUGUUUGACUUACGUUGCUUUGCUAGCACUCCAGAAGCGCUCCAGUGACUUGAUAAAAAAGAAGGUUGAUGCUGUUAUGGCUGAACUGAAUCUCAGUCACGUUGGUAACAGUGUAAUUGGAAGCCGUAUUUUUCGGGGAAUUUCUGAUGGGGAAAGACGUCGUGUUUCAAUCGCAGCACAGCUAUUACAAGAUCCCAAGAUCAUGUUGCUAGAUGAACCCACCACAGGUCUGGACUGCAUGACAGCCAAUCACAUUGUGUCGCUGCUUUCAGAGCUUGCUCAUAAGGGGAGAAUAGUGAUUAUUACAAUUCAUCAACCACGAUCAGAACUCUUUCAGGUUUUUGAUCAAAUCUGCAUCAUGAGUUUUGGAGAACUGGUUUUCUGUGGAGGCCCAUCAGACAUGAUCCAUUUUUUUAGUGGCUGUGGCUAUACGUGUCCUGAACAUUCCAGCCCUUUUGAUUUUUAUGUGGAUCUCACAUCUGUGGACACUCAAACCAAGGAGCGUGAACUGGAAACCUACAGCAGAGUUCAAACCAUUGCUUCGGCCUAUAAAAAUUCAGAGGUUUUUCGCACAACUUUGGAGGCCAUUGAGGAAGCAAAAUGCAGUGUGAAAGAGCUGCCACCAAUACCUUUUAAAUGUGAAGACUCACCCAGUGCACUCUGUAAACUAUGCAUUCUGUUGAGGAGGACAACAAAGAAUUUAUCCAGAGAUAAGAUUGGCAUAAUCAUGCGGGUUUUCCAAAAUGUGUUCUUUGGCCUCUUUGUGGCAUUUUUCCUUCUAAGGCUAAACAACGAUUUUCUUAAAGGAGGUGUGCAAGACCGUGUCGGGCUUAUUUACCAGUGUGUAGCAGCUCUACCAUAUACAGGAAUUCUCAAUGCACUGUCCCUAUUUCCAGCACUACGGGCUGUUGGAGACCAAGAAAGUAAAGAUGGUUUAUAUCAGAAGUGGCAAAUGUUGCUUGCCUACAUUGUGCACUUCCUGCCCUUUAGUGUCAUCGGUAUUGCACUUUAUAGUGCCCUUAUAUAUUGGACUGUGGGAUUAUACCCAGAAGUUUCUCGAUUUGGUUAUUUUUUUGCUGCUAUUUUAGCACCACAUAUACUUGGUGAACUGCUUGCGCUUGCUUUCCUUGGUGUCAUUCAAAAUCCACAUAUGGUCAGUGGAGCAGCAGUCCUACUUAAUGUAGCUGGUGUCUUAGCUGGGAGUGGACUUAUUAGGAGCUUGGAGGACAUGCUUAUUCCGAUUAAAAUGUUAAGUUAUUUUACAUUCCAAAAGUAUGCCAGCGAGAUCCUUGUUGUGAAUGAAUUUUCUGGAUUAACAUUUACAUGUGGUCACUUCAAUGUUUCUGCUGGAGUUCUAUCUCCCUGUCCAUUCUCUCAAGGGAUUCAGUUCAUCGAAAGAAACUUUCCUGGUGCAGCAUCCCGGUUCACAGCAGACUUCUUAAUAUUGUAUGCCUUCCUCCCAGCACUCAUAAUUUUAACUAUUAUAAGCUUCAAAAUAAGAGAUAAAGUUAUUAUCAGGCAAUAA